CCGCCACUUUGCUUUCCGCUGUACCAAACGCUCUCUGCGUCUUGAAGAGCCAGACAGGGGAGGUUCGACGAUUUAGCUUCUGGAUUGCGAUAUUAGAGAUCUUCUCGUCCGGAGGAGGGUAACGUUUCCGGCUGGACUUCCAUGGACGCGUCUCAGCUCCUCUGCCUCAGAAGCCACCCGUUCGGUUGUGCUUCAUUUCGUUCUUCCACUGAAGAAGCGAAGAGGAGGGAAGCGGGAAGGCGUGCUUCCCGCCUCCAUGGAGGAUCCAAGAUAUGGACCGUCGCGGCCGUUGCGACGGAGGCGGAGACUAGGGGGACGGUGGCGACGGCCAGAACGGGCGUGUCAAAGAAAAUGGGGGAGGUCUCCGAUGAAAUUAAGCGGGUUCGGGCGCAAAUGGAGGAGAACGAGCAGUUGGCGACGUUGAUGAGGGGCCUCCGUGGCCAGAAUCUCUCCGUUUCCCAGUUCGCCGCCGAUGACGUUCAGAUGCGUUUCGUGGAGAUCGCUGAUGGUCAGGAUGGGGAAACCCUGCCUCUGGUAUACGAUCCUGCCAUUAUUUCCGCGUACUGGGGGAAGCGCCCCAGAGCAGUGGCUACGCGAAUUGUUCAGUUGUUGAUGGUUUCGGGCGGUUUUCUUUCACGCGUUCUCUUGGAUGUCCUUAACAAGAAGAUCAAAGAGAAUGAAGUUGCAAGGGCUAUUGAGUUACGGGAGAUUGUGACAUCUUUAGGUCCAGCAUAUAUCAAGCUUGGUCAAGCCUUGAGCAUCCGACCAGAUAUAUUUUCCCCUGCUGCUAUGACGGAGCUGCAAAAGCUUUGUGAUAAGGUUCCUUCUUUCCAAGAUAAUGUUGCAAUGUCUCUCAUUGAAGAAGAGCUCGGUUGUCCCUGGAAUGAGAUAUAUUCUGAACUCUCUUCCUCACCCAUUGCUGCUGCAUCUUUGGGACAAGUAUACAAGGGUCGGCUUAAAGAAAAUGGGGAUGUUGUAGCAGUUAAAGUACAGCGUCCUUUUGUACUUGAGACUGUAACCAUUGAUCUAUUUAUUAUUCGGAAGUUUGGAUUGGUACUUCGGAGAUUUCCCCAGGUCUCAAUUGAUGUUGUUGGGCUGGUGGACGAGUGGGCUGCCCGUUUUUUUGAAGAACUUGACUAUGUGAAGGAGGGGGAGAAUGGGACACAUUUUGCUGAAACAAUGAUUAAUGAUCUUCCUCAGGUUGUCAUUCCCAGGACAUAUAGUAAAUUCACCUCGAGAAGGGUCCUUACCACAGAAUGGAUAGAGGGUGAAAAACUAUCACAAAGUACUGAAAGUGAUGUUGGAGAGCUGGUCAAUGUUGGAGUUAUAUGCUACCUAAAACAGCUGCUUGAUACUGGAUUUUUCCAUGCUGAUCCACAUCCAGGAAAUCUGAUCCGAACUCCAGAAGGAAAGCUGGCCAUACUUGACUUUGGACUCGUGACUAAGUUGACAGAUGAUCAAAAAUAUGGGAUUAUUGAAGCAAUAGCUCACCUCAUUCAUCGUGAUUAUGCUGCCAUUAUUAAGGACUUCGUUAAGCUUGGUUUCAUUCCAGAUGGUGUCAACUUAGAACCAAUCCUGCCUGUUUUGGCUAAAGUCUUUGAUCAAGCACUUGAAGGAGGAGGGGCGAGGAACAUCAAUUUUCAGGAGUUGGCAUCAGAUCUAGCCCAAAUUACAUUUGACUACCCAUUUCAAAUACCUCCUUAUUUUGCACUGAUAAUCAGAGCUAUUGGUGUGCUUGAAGGCAUAGCUUUAGUGGGGAACCCUGAGUUUGCUAUUGUUGAUGAAGCUUAUCCAUACCUUGCCCAGAGGCUGUUGACUGACGAGUCCCCUAGGCUGAGGAGUGCGUUGCGCUAUAUAAUAUAUGGAAAAACAGGCGUUUUUGAUGCAGAAAGAUUUAUUGAUGUCAUGCAAGCAUUUGAGAAUUUCAUAACAGCAGCUAAAAGUGGAGGUGGGGAGAGCCUCAAUGGAGAUAUGGCUGGUCUUGGAAUUUUAGAAAGCCAGAAUGGAUUUUUGUCGAUGGUGUCAUCUAAUGCAUCUCAGCCUGACCAAGUUCGGACAAGAGCUGCAUUAGCUUUCCUUCUAUCGGAGAAGGGGAAUUUUUUCAGAGAGUUCAUUUUAGAUGAAAUUGUAAAGGGGAUUGACGCUGUUUCUAGAGACCAGCUGGUUCAAAUAGCUGCUGCUUUUGGAAUUCAAGGCUCUGCUCCCAUUUUCGGCAUGUUUCCGACGUUUGGGCCUUUAAAGCCCAGAGUCUUGCUGCCUAGAAUAACAGAGGAGGACAAGGUCUCGUUAAACAACGUCCAAAUGAUUGUCAAGUUUCUAACAAGCGGGACUUCAGCGACAAGAACAAUGGGCCAGGAAGUAAACGUCCUACACGUUGCGCAGGAGUUGCUUCCAGUCUUGCCAAGCAUCUCAGCUCGUGUACUUCCUGAGGUGAUCAAUCGUCUAUCUUCAAGGGUAAUGGCACGCCUGCUGCGCGAGUUGUUUCUAUAGCCUGCUAAAUUGAUAAUUAAAAAAUGUAUAUUGUUGCAUGUCCAAUUUAAUUAAAAUUCUGUAUACGUGCUUGUCUUUAAUCAAUUCAUAUUAGAUGCGCAUUGUUUUGA